AUGGACAUAGAAGUAGGAGUAGGGGUGACGACAGCAAUGAUGGGCGGUGACAGUGGUAGCGGUUGUGGUUAUGGUGGUGUUGGCGGUGGCUACAACGGUGGCAAUUGCGGUUGCGGUAAUGGUGGCGAUAAUUGUGGUGGCAAUGGUGGCGGUUGUGGUAAUGGUGGUGGCGAUGGCUGCAUCAAUGGUGGUAACAAUGGUGGUAAUGGUUGCAGUAAUUGUGGUGGUGGUGGCGAUGGUGGCAUCAAUGGUGGUAGCAGUGGUGGUGGUAUGAAUGGUGGUGGUGGCGGUAGCAGCAAUGAUGGUUGUGACAAUUAUGGUAGUGAUGACAGUGGUGGAGGUUAUGGUGGCAAUGGUUGCGGUAAUUGUGGUGGUGGCGGUGGCAGUAUUGAUGGUCGUGACAAUGAUGGUAGUGAUGACAAUGGUGGAGGUUGUGGUUAUGGCGGUGGUGGUGACAAAAAUGGUGAUUGUAGUGGUGGUGAUGGUGUAAGACGCAUCACUCGAGGAACUACACGUACUGCUCAAACUCCUGCAGCUGAAGAAACUUUCAUUGAAAUCGGUCUGCUGAAGAACAAAGAUGCUUUGAUUGAACGCUGA